UAAUAAUGUAUGGAGGGCAAUCAUUGUUAUGGGCUUCUCUCGUUUUCUUAUAAAAACCCUUUCUUCUUUUUUAAUGCCUCUCAAUCAUUCAUUCGGACAACCUUUGUCACUCCAAAUUUCUUCUUUUCAAAGAUUAAAUUCUACUCUCUCUCUCUCUCCUCUCAAUGGUUCAUGUCGAUAGCCAUGCCCAAAAAGAUGGGAUUUUGGUGGAUUUCCAUGGGAGACCCGUCGAUAAGUCUCGAACCGGAGGAUGGAUGGCCGCCGGCCUUAUCUUAGGUACGGAGUUAUCCGAAAGAGUAUGUGUAAUGGGCAUAUCGAUGAAUUUGGUGACAUAUUUAGUAGGCGAUUUGCAUCUUUCAUCUGCAAAAUCUGCUAAUAUCGUUACCAACUUCAUGGGAACUCUCAACUUGCUCGGCCUCCUUGGUGGCUUUGUGGCCGAUGCUCGACUUGGACGGUACAAGACAGUCGCGCUUUCUGCAUCUAUAACGGCUUUGGGGGUGAUACUUUUGACAUUAGCCACAACCCUCCCAAGCAUGAGGCCACCUCUAUGCCCAAACUCGCGGCGGCAAGAUUGCAUUCCGGCGACCGGACAACAACUAAUGCUCCUCUAUACUGCCCUAUACACCAUAGCGCUCGGGGGCGGUGGGAUCAAGUCCAACGUCUCCGGCUUUGGCUCCGACCAAUUCGACACAUCCAACCCCAAAGAGGAGAAGGCCAUGGUCUUCUUCUUCAAUAGGUUCUACUUUUGCAUUAGCCUCGGCUCCCUCUUUGCCGUGACAAUCUUGGUGUACAUACAAGACAACGUUGGGAGAGGCUGGGGCUAUGGAAUAUCCGCUGGAACAAUGCUUAUUGCUGUCGCAGUCUUUCUUUUUGGGACAAUGUUGUAUCGCUUCCGAAUGCCCCAAGGAAGUCCGUUAACCGUCAUUUGGAGAGUCGUUUACUUGGCUUGGAAGAAGAGAAGUCUUGCACAUCCCCCUCGGGAUGAUAUGUUGAAUGGGUAUUAUAAUGCCAAAGUUCCUCAUACCGAAAAAUUUAGAUGUCUAGACAAGGCGGCGAUAUUGGAGGAUAAAGAGAUGGAGAAGGAGAAGGAGAAUGAAAGCAACGGUUGGAUUGUUUCAACGGUGACACAAGUGGAGGAGGUGAAGAUGGUAAUAAAGCUUCUCCCGAUAUGGUCGACGUGUAUCCUAUUUUGGACGGUCUACUCUCAAAUGAAUACAUUCAGCAUCGAGCAAGCGACCUUCAUGUACCGCAGAAUUGGUAGCUUUGAGGUCCCCGCGGGCACUUUCUCCGUCUUCCUCUUCUUCUCCAUCCUUCUCUUCACCUCUCUCAAUGAGCGAGUUUUCGUGCCGCUUGCACGGAAGAUCACGCACAAGCCACAUGGGAUCACAUGCCUCCAACGCAUUGGGAUUGGACUUGUGUUCUCCGUACUCGGCAUGGUGGCGGCGGCUCUAGUUGAGAAAAUGCGACGGGAGCGGCAUCUCGACGACAACAUCCGAGUAUCGGCAUUCUGGUUGGUCCCACAAUUCUUCCUAGUCGGGGCGGGUGAAGCGUUUGCUUACGUGGGCCAGCUGGAGUUCUUCAUCCGAGAGGCACCCGAGAGGAUGAAGUCGAUGAGCACAGGCCUGUUUCUGAGCACGCUCUCCAUGGGGUUCUUCGUGAGCAGUCUUCUGGUCUCUUUAGUCGACAAAGCGACCAAAGGGAAGUGGCUCAAGAGCAACCUCAACAAAGGGAACUUAGACAACUUCUAUUGGCUGCUGGCAAUUCUUGGAGUGUUGAACUUCUUCGUGUUCAUAGGCUUUGCAGUUAAGCAUCAGUACAAGAUGCAGCAGAAUUACAUCGUCCCGAGCGAGGACCGUCUUCAUAAUGAGGCCGACAGCAGCAACAAUGGCCAUUCGGACAAGACACUGCCUGUUCUUGCACCUGCAGAAGAACCUUAAUUCAUACAUACACGUUCGUUGGAUAUACAGUAUGUAGGGUUUGAUGUUGUUUGUUUUUUCUAAAAAAAUUUAGCGAUAGUGUUUUUAGAGUACCGUUCGUUGCUUUUUUGCUUAGUUUAGUUAUUGCAUACUUGUGAGUUGUGAAAGGCCAGCUGUUUGUUUUGCUUGUAUUGUUUUGAUAUAUGAAAAGGUGCAAAAUUACAAGUU